CCCCCCAUACGAGUUUGUUGUCAAACAACAACAUCUUUCGGUAGUUUCGGUCCGUAUAUAUUUUCUAAAUUCUAAAUUUUAGCCCAAAAAUUGAACUGCAACGCACUAAGCGAGUGGUGCCAGAACGUGGAACUGAUCUCUCCGCAACAUAUUCUUUAAAUUGCAGAUUUGUCGAUUAAAGCAAUAAUCAGAUUCGCGUCUCCAGCCAGCGAUCGUCUGUUUUUAUUUUAAUCGAGACAUUUGUAAUUCAAUGACCAGAUAGAUGACGCAGUUAGUGGCCAGCUUGUGUCCGUAUGCACUUCAGAAAAAGGUCGACAACAACAACAGACCUGGCACCGUCUUUAUGUUUGUGGAUAAAUCAGGGAAUGUCGUUGAGGCAAAGGAGUACGAUGAACGCGAAUAUAACCGCAAGGAAGCCAAGACACCCAACAAUCCCGCGAUGCGAAAAAUUGUCAACCCAGCUAGUAAAUCGUACACAACUUCGGUGCAGCAAAGAGCCCUGCAAAUAGUGAAUGACGCCACGAAGAGAAAUAACCCACAAGCAGGAGGAGGCUUGCAAAAUGUUUCUGGGCAGAAAAUGUCCCCCCCAUUUGUAAGCGGAAAAUUCCGAAUUGCGUCUGGUAAUUGUGGCUGUCUCAAGGCUAAUGAGCAGCCCCAGAAAGCAUCCAGUUUAAGGAAGAGGUCUGUAAGCUAUAUCUGCCCGGAGCCAUCAGCGAUAGGUCGCAUUAAAAGUAAGGGUCGAACGUCUCAGAAAGACAAUGCCGAUGAGAAGGCUUUGGUCAAGGCCAAGCCGAAGCGUUCAAAAACAAAACCAAGUCUCCACAGAAAACCAUCUGCAAAAUACGCGGCGGAGAGCCUGACAUCUUCGACAGAUAAUAAUAAUAAUGAUGGCGUUUGGUUCGAGUGCAAUGUGCCCUUUCGUGUCAAGAUACCUUUCCCCCUGUGUACGCAAAAAUUGUUUGGGAUGAUGCCACUGCCAGCUGGCAUCAAUAUGAACGGUAGCAGUACCCUCCCGAAGGGCAAAGCCAUUGCCGAGGCGAAGCCGGUUGCCCGGGGUGGCGGCCCGCCCUCGUACGCUUCCAUGUGCAUCACAAUGAUUCCUGCCGGCAACUCGAAUGCUACUCCCGGCCAGUUUACUUCUCCCGGCGAGUCCACCUCCCCCCCAGUGGACCUCCCAGCGGACCCCAAAGAGAAGGCAGCUGGAAAACCCAAGAAGACAACGGAAAAGAAGCUGAAAGGCGUCAAGAAAUGUGCCGUAUGCGAGACUUGCACCCAAACGGCAAACGGUAUGGAUGCCAAGGCGCUGGCCAAUCCACUGCUAUCCUGCCUGGAACAGAUCGAAAAGCAUUUGUCUGCUGAGAACGAGAAUGCCCUGAAGAGGCCUGGAACGCAGAGCCCCAAAUGUGAGGGCCGAUGCUUUGCCGAGAAGUCGACAAGUGUGGGGAGUGUCGAGGGUACUGCGAGGGAUCGUGCAGCUCCGAGUGCUGCUGCAGCACCUAAAAAUGGCAAGACAAAAACUCCUUUGAUGACGCGCAAGAUGAAGCCACCGAAUGGUGUCAAUCAAAGGAGCCCAAGGAACUCGCAGGACAAAUCCAAAAGUAAGGACAAGCCGAUUGAACCACAGUCUGCGUACACAGGCAAAGCCGAUCCAACAAAUGUGACGGGCUUGAGGGGAAGAAUGGAACCAGCGAUGUGCUUUAACAGAUAUCCGCCCUGUCCCCGGGCUAUGAUGUACAGACGUAUGCAGGCCUGCAAUGCGCCCCAAAAUAUGCCAUCACGGAUGUUACCGCCACCGCCACCGCCAAGUGGCAAGCUGCAGGCCAGCGAACCCAAGAAGUCUGUAUCGGACAUCAUUACGUCCGACAUUCGUUCCUCUCAGAAUUAUGCAUUGAGUAGCGUAUCCCAAAUGGGAAAAAAAAGUCACACUACAAGCGAGUCAAGCCAAGACGAGGCUGCAAGCAAUUCACCGGAGCAAGCUCCGGGUCUAGAAAAGGAAAACUCGCUACUCUCGAGUCUUCCAAAAACCACAAGCGACGAUAGCCGGAACUCUGAUCGGACUGAUAGCCGUUGCUGUACGGUGUGCAGACCAGAAGGCGGCGUCUCAGACACCCAAUGGAAUGACAAACACUCUGGCCGGAGUGUCCGCAAUCAGGAUCGUUUCUACAACGAUCGCCGCCAGGAGUCGAACAGCAAGUUACAGCAAACCGAAGAGAGACACCAGUUUGAUCAUUUCAGCUUGCCAGGAAGGGCUCGGAACAGAGACGAAUACCCCCACCAAAGGAUGAUGGGCGUGAAGAUGAACAGCUGCCAGGCUAAAGAAAAUCGAACAAAACAGCGAUCUCAAUCGGCACCGUCAACUAUCACAUACAGAUAUGAGGGCCAACACAAUGGGGAACCAGCUAUGGCCCGCCUUCAGUCGAAGAAGAUAAAUGUGGGUCGUCAGGUGUCGGGCAGUGGUGAGGAAGACGUUUAUGCCACGACCAUGGCAGCCAAUAUGGAGAUCAUAAAUCAUGAAAUGGGUUGCCAGCAACAACAACAGCCUUUGGUGCUGGUGCCCUUUCGCGUGGAAAACAAAAAUAGCGGACAAACACUGGCCAUAUGCAAGGGAAGGGAAUGGAGGAAGCUGACCCUGACAAAGAUCACCAAAGUCACGCCCCAGCAAUUUCGUAUAGUUUCGGGCUAUUGUAAUCGGGCGCCCACUGGCCCCAGUGGUGGGGUCCCAAGAGCUAGUCCCCGCUUUGCUAGAGCUGCGCCCCGAAGAGCUUCGUCGCCAGCUGCCAUGCCCGGCCGCCAGUGUCGCCCAAUGCAAGGCCAUGCUGCGCCCAGGGCUUACCCAUCGUCCUGCCUGCGAUGUCCCCGCCAUACUAAUGGGCCGCUCUCGAAUCGGAAUGCGAGAAACCCCGUUGCAUGCAACAGAUGUGCCAGAACAGCAGCUAUGAAACCCACUGCGCGGAACGUUUGGUGCUGUCAGGCCGUGGGCUGCAGGAACCAUUCGACAUCCGUCAACUCAUUUGCGGCAAAUGGGAGCAGACCUGACAACAGGGGAUGCCUGCAGGCAGCAGGCAGGAGUAAUAUUCCGGGCCCAACAGCUGCUGCCCCUGAUUGCAGCUCUCAGCGUGGCGUAAACGCAUCCAUUGACUCCAUAUCGAUAAGCCGUACAUAUUCGGCUGGACCCAGUUCGAGGUCCAGGACUCCAUCGGGCUCGGAACAAACCUUGACGGACCAAAGCCAAUUUUCGCGCAAUAAAAGGAGCAUUGAAACGGUGACGCUGAUGCAGCCACGACCACUGCGCAGCAAUGAGAGCUUGCAGAACGACAGCUAUGACGAGCCGGAAGGGAGAGCUAUGGAGGAGCCCCAGCUGGACAGUGCUAUGGAAAAUCAGUUCCCAACAGGCUUCGGGCCACCGCCGCCGCCGUGCCACUUUCAGUGCCUGCAAUAUGCAACAGUUCCGCCGUUGCGCAAUCAGAACUCGUCCAUGGGAGACUUUGCGAGCAGUCAGCAGGAAUUUCAGAUAGGAGUGGGAUACCAAUCGCAGCCACAGUCACAGCAACAGCAACAUUCCUAUGUCUAUAGCCAACAGAGCUGCGUGGGCUCUGUGUGCUCAAAUGCCACUGGCCUGAUAGACCCACGGGAUUUUUUACCCACAGUCUCGGCGUCCCUUCGGCCAAACCAAAUGCCAAUGGGUGUCUAUCAGAGCUAUCAGCCGGAGCAAACGUAUCAGCGAGUGCCAUGCCAGCAGCCGACUGACAUGUAUGGCAGUCAAAACCAUUUUUACGGCCCUGAAGACUUAAAGGAGAGCAUCCGAAUAAUGCCCAUGGGCUUCUAUGAGCAGACAAUCAACAAGUACAAGAUCAAUCCCUUGGAUUCGAAUUUUAGGCCGCCAUCUCUGGGCUCAGACUUCCUGCAGCUGUUGCAGCAGCAGUUGCAGCAGCAAAACCAGCAGCAGCACCAGCAACACCAGCAACACCAACAUGAAAUGCAAUUCAAUGCUUGUCCCCAUGGGAACCAAAGUCAACAGCAACAGCAGUCUGCCUCGGUCUACGGCUAUGGCAAUCACCAUUGUGUCCAUCACAGCAGCAGCAGCAGCCACCGCCACCCGGAAGCUCUGCGUGCUCCUGUUCCUACAUAAUGCCCCAAAAUCCAUUCCCACAGCAGCAACAGACACAGCAGGAAACGCAGUUUAAGGACUUCGAUCAAACGGAAAUAUAAAACAAGCAAAUAAAAGGCCCUAUU